AUUCACUCUAUUCACAUCAUCACCAACGUAAACUUUUUCUUUUGAAGCUGAAAAAAUGAAGAUCAACUCGUGUUUGGGUUUUGCACUUCUUCUUCUUCUUCUCGUUUCCUGCGCUUUAGCCGCCGAGGAGACCACGACUCAGGAAGCAAAAGGAGCUAGCGAUGAAGUAGAACCAGCAUAUCGUGGAGGUGGCGGCUGCAAGGGCGGUAAUUGUGGAGGAAGUGGCGGCUGCAAGGGCGGUAAUUGUGGAGGAAGUGGUGGCUGCAAGGGCGGUAGUUGUGGUGGCGGGGGUGGCUACCAUUGCAAUCAUGGAUGCUGCAAGUAUUAUGGAGGUCAAUGUAAACAAUGUUGUCACUCGGCAGCAGAAGCCAGAGUGUUCGCGGAAGAACAAGCGCACCCCUAGAGAUCCUAGGUGAUAUGUAGUGCCAAAACGAAUCCAUGUAUUUUGGUAGACUAUGAAUAAAACGGUACAUGGUAAUGUAAUAAAACUACUAAGAAUAAAAGUGAAGCGGGAAAGCUAUCUUUUUUCCGCCUUUGUGUUA